AGUGUUUUAGAGAGAGAGAGAGCGAGAGAGAGUCGCGGUAGAUGAUCGCAACCCUAUCGGCGGCGGCGGCGGCGGCGGCGCUGAGAGGAGUAGCGUCGGCGGCGGCGGAGAGAAUGGCGGCGCGAGGCGUCGCGAUGGAGAGCGCGAAACCCUACGUCCACUACAACCACACCGACGCCUCCCACCGUUCUCGUUGGACCGCGAGGGAGAGUUACCAAUACAUGUACGCGAGGCCGUGGGAUAAGGUGGUGGGUUUCUACUCCCGGAUGGUGCGCGGAGGAAAAGGGGCUUCUUCGCUCUCGAUCUUGUUUCCGAAUGAGAACUUGGAGUCUCUGGAAUCUACUGAGAAUAAUCAGGGUUGUGACGAGAAAGCAUCGGUAAUUUCUAAUGGCAAGGGCGGGAGGUGGGAAAGAGUAACGUUUAAGAUUGUUGUUUCGUACCAUGGUGGGUCUUUUGAUGGGUGGCAGAAGCAGCCCGGCCUCAACACUGUUCAGGGAUUGGUGGAAAAAUCUCUUGGAAAGUUUGUUGAUGAGAGGAAAGCUAAACAACUUAAGGAAAAAUCUCUGCCAGUGGAAGGUUGUGCGGUCGUUGCUGGGCGCACGGACAAAGGGGUGACUGCUCUUCAGCAAGUUUGUUCAUUUUAUACAUGGAGAAAGGAUGUAGAAAGUAGAGACAUAAUGGACGCUGUAAACGAAGCUGCUCCAGAAAAGCUCAGAGCUUUACUUGUUUCAAAGGUUUCACGGGAAUUUCAUCCUAACUUUGUAGCCAAAUGGAGGAGAUAUUUUUAUAUCUUUCCUCUCGAUGAAGAAGAACCCCAAAUUGACAGUAUUGGAAGGGAGUUUUCAAAGAUUGCCGAUUGUUCGAUUAAUGAUAAAUUGGAUGGACGACAUAGAUUAGAACAAGAAGAACAGUCCAUUACUUCAUUGAAUGGGAAUGGAGACGAUUCUGAGGAUAACACCAGCACGAAACCCAAAAGCUUCUGUGUAAGCAAAGUUAACCGACUUAUUCAGCAGCUUGAAGGGAAGUCCUUGUCCUAUAAAAUGUUUGCACGUGAUACACAAGCUUCAAGAAGCACCGGACCACCCACGGAGUGCUUUAUGUUUCAUUCUCGAGCUGCGGAAACCAAGCUACCUUGUGUCAAUGAGGAUGAUGGAGGUGGCAUGAGAGUGAUGUGUGUUGAAUUGGUUGGGAACCGGUUCUUACGCAAGAUGGUCAGAGUGUUGGUUGCGACCGCCAUAAGAGAGGCUGCUGCAGGUGCAGAUGACGAUGCUUUGCUGAACCUUAUGGAUGCUACAUGUAGACGCGCUACGGCUCCUCCUGCUCCCCCCGAGGGCCUUUGUCUUGUUGAUGUUGGCUAUGGAGAAUUCAAGCAAGAAAACUGUCUGAUUAUUAAUUAGGUAAAACUUUCUCUUUCACUUGAAGUUUUCGAAGAAGUUCAUUAGUUAAACAAGCUCUUCAUAAUCCUGAUAAGCAAUCUAAGUUACAAUGCUAAAAGAUGUUUGUCUCCUCAAAUUACCUGCACAUCUUUAGACCUUCUCCAAAUACGCUCCCUGCAGGUGAUUACAUGGACAUUUCUGUCCUUUCAUGGCCUUUGCCGAGAAAUUUAAUCAAAGAACUAAGAUUGGAAAGGAAUGCAGAGGUACAUGAGUUUCAGAAUACCGUGUUCGUCCGAACACUCAUGAGCUCUUUCAUCUUUGAUUGAUUGUACUCAUCUCGUCCGUCGAUCAAGAAAGUGAUUAAAUUCUUUGUUAUAAGGAACCCACCAUUUAAAGAUGAUUAGGUGUAGUGAUUUUUAUACUUAUGAUGCAAAUGCAGAGCCUCCUUUGGUUUCGGCAUAUCUUUGUGAUAAAACUAAAGAUGUUUAAGAAAAUACAAUUUAUUAUGUACUGUGUUGAAGCUGUAAUGCAUCUUCUUUUGUGGUUGAUUU